AUGCCCAGCAAUGUUGAGGGCGGGGAUGCCAUCGGUCUCUGCUCCCCAAUGGGUAGUGGUUUCUGCUCUUCCUACAGGGUCUUUCCUGGUGUCUCAGUGCUUGAAUGGGAGCUCCUGGUAAAGUGGCUUCAGGGAUUAAGCACCCAUCUGCUGCGUCUGGUUGAAGACCUUGGAAAAUCCGAAAAUGAGCUGCUUGGAAAACCUGAUGGUGAUCAACACAGCCCAGAUGGGUCCGUGAAUUCUCCUAGGGAUGGCACCAAGGAGGAAAGAGAUACGCUGUUACACGUAUCUACGAGUCAGCUCCCUACUCCAUCUCCCUCUCCACGUGGAGAAGAAAAUGAGAGCAGGUCAGAGGAAAAGCAGUCGGCAGAGCUGGAGAAGUUGGUUCCCUUCCAGGAACAAGAAUUGGAAAAGGAAGAGGAAGGACCAGUGCUCGUAAACAGUGAAAAUCCCAAUAAAUCAGAAGAACUGUGUCCAGUGCCAAAGAAUGAAAAGGAUUCUUACUCAGAGGAUUCCUCCGCUGAGAAAAUCCAUGAAAACCUCAUUUUGGGAGACGGUGGGAAAAAGAUCACAGUGUCCCCAAAUCCCAAAGAGAUGGUUACAGAACAUUUUCCGAUGAUGCCCGCUCAAGAAACCGAGGCAGGGAUCAAAGGAACCUUGGAUGAAGCCGGACGUGAGACUUGCAACCUGCUAAGGAAAUUGGAGGCUAUAAAUGGGGAUUUCGAUCCAAACGAUGCAAUUGGCCAAUGCCUAGAGGGAAGUUCUGGACGGUCAGAAGAUUUGCAGGAAAGCCGCUUCGUUAUCCCGUUGCUUGAGAAGGUGGAGGAAGAGAAAGAUGAAUGUAACAAAGAAUUUUUUAUGGAACCGAACGAACUGGGAGAACCUGAACUAUCGUGUAGUGUGACAGCUCCUUGCAAAGUUCUGGAACAUCUCACGGUCACUGUUGCCAAUGAUUUCAGUCCCUUCGUUGUGGAUGAGGCAGAAGAACUUGUCAGCAACAUCCUAUCUGUUGAGUGUUCAUUGGUUGACCAACUCAACGUUUCUCCAAUCAGCAUUGCAAUCCCAUUUACUUCCCGUUACAGAGGAAUGUACAAAGAAGUAAUGGUGAAAGUGAGUGACAGAAAUUUCCAGUCCAUUUACUUAACUCCUACCUCUUUGGAAGGACAUCAAGGCAGCCAGAAGAGGUCAGCCGCCGUGGUGAAAACUUGCCAGCUGGGUAUCUUCUCCGUGGUUUCGUGCUUGAAGAAGGAAACGUGGACCAUUCCGAGGAGAGGACUGUUGCGAAAACUUAACAUGGAUCCCAGAAUUUCAUUUUGUUAUCCCCCAUCAACAUUCAGUUCUCGAGUCACAGUGCACGUAAAGGUUCAGCCGAUUGAUCAAUCCACACUUUCAAUAUUGAAAACAAAACAUGACGAAUAUCACUCAGUCAUAUCAACCAGCUCUCUGGUCCACCUGGAAUAUUCUUCAUCUCUGCCACUCAACAGAGCUAUCACUGUAGUUCUACCUUGCCCUCCAAAUCAAGAAAAACGAAGAGAGGGUAUUGAGACAGAUUUCGGAAGGGCAGCGACUGCUUCUGUCCCCAGAGUUACAAGCAUUCAUAACUUCCGAGGUCUCAGUGCUUCCCCAAGGAAACACGGGGAGAACCUGAAGGAACCACUGAAAGUCAUGGGCUACAGAAACAGUGAAGAAGAAUGGAUGCUACUGGAUGACAUCACCGUGAGAAAUGCAAGGAACGGUCUUGUGUCCGUUGACUUGGAGGAACCCUUAGAGAGAUUUAUUAUCGUUCGCUUAUCUUCUGCUAUGGACAAUGUACAUCUCGUUCAGUUUAUUCAGAAUUUGGAACAUGCCAUCCACAACAUCAUGGUGAAAGUGGUACUAUAUCAGAAUAAAGAAGACCCUUACAAGAUUCUCGUCUUACUGGUUCCUUCCAAGGAAUUAAGCAUGGAGCUGCAGUCUCUACAUGAAGAGGGAUAUUCUGGUCCUCCAGAGCCUUCAAAGCCAUUUAAAAUGAGAGAAGGAGAGCAGGUUUACUUUAAAUUCAGUGGAAACAUUUGUGCUUCAGAUGACGGGAACACCUAUGGAAAAAAUUACAAGCUUGCUUUUCAUGCACAGAGAAAACCGCGACUUGCUCUUCAGAUCAAGGAAGUGGAUGAAUUUGGUAACUACAGUUCACCCCAUUAUAAAGGAACUGCCUUAUUUUACAAAGUGACAAAAGACGUGGCCCUCAUCAACGUAGAACCUCUUCCGCUAGAAGACCGUGAACAAGAGUCCCUCCUGUGCAAACUGGCUGUGACUUUGCCAAAGAGUCUGAACAUCCUUUUUGUGUUGUGGUGA